GUGUGGUUCUCAGCGUGCUGGUCAGAACUAUGCUCGUCCGGAAUCAACAAGUGCUUCUCGAGACUACGUCGGGGAAACACUUGACCUAACCGAACUUAGUGAACAUCUUUUUCUUCUCGUAACCUCGCGUGCAAAGGAGUUCGAAGGGGGCGCGCAUAGGUGGCAGAAAGAUUCGCAGAGAUUGACCGCGUACACAGAUUGAGUUCAUGAUCUUCGGUUACAAAUAUUAUGACACCGGUUUGACUCGGUAGAUUGUACAGAUUAACCUUUUCACUUUGGGAUUCGAUCGCGAGACCAGAAUCGCCGACAUUGUGUUGCUUCUUGUGGUGAUCGAUGACUCGGUGAAUUAUUGGUUUUUUUGCGUUGGAAGAUGCAUCUAUGACGCGCGUGUUCCCUCGCCAGGAUCAACGAGGAUUCUAUAUGUACACCGGAGUUCCGCUACACGUGACUUCACGCCUUGCCGACUGCGUGUUUAUUACGCUGUAGAUUUAACUCAAUACACAACAUAAGAUUGAAGUUGACGAGAGAAAAUCAGCAAGUAUGAAGCACCACGUGCACUUUCAAUCGUAAAUCAUAUCGAACGAUAAUGACGAUAAAAAACGAAAGGAGAGGCAAGAAAGGAAAUUGAAUUGUCUCUUUUGCCGCAGAAAGUACCAUUUCGCUGUUAGAAAUUUUCCCUCGUGUGAUAGCUACGGGAUCGAACGAAAGCGCAAUUCCUUAUGUUAACUCGGUCACAAUGUAAUACUGUGCAUUCUCCGAACUACGAUCUAUAGAUCGUAAUGAAAGGAACGUUUGUAAUCUUCCUAAGCGUUCUCUCGUUGAGAACGCUAGGUCUUCCGACUGGAGCACCGCCAGAUUCAUGCAAAGAUCUGAUGCCUCGUCAUCCUGGAAGCACGAAGCAGGAAACUUACCCUCCUCCUUACCAAGUUUUACCAGCUGCAGGACAAGGCAGAGUCCGGUUAAUUCUGGGAAGUCCUCACGGUCUUGCCUACGAGGGUUUUAUGAUACUUGCACAUGACUCCGAGACCGGUGAAUUCGUUGGAGAGUUCGCCAACUUGCCCGAUUCGGCAAGAAUCGUCGAGUGCACACAGGGUAUAAAGAACGCGGUGACUCACACGAACGUCAGCAAGAAGCACAAUCUCGAGUUUGACUGGGAGGCACCUGUAAAUUACGAAGGCACCAUUGUUUUCAAGUCCACGUUCGCGCAGGAUUACAGUACGUACUGGGUCGGCGUGGAAUCGCCGCCAGUUAACGUUCGCAAGCGAUCCAUCGACGUAUUGACCUCGUCUACACCGAUCAGUACACUGAGAACUACCACCCCGCCCUAUUACAGUCCGACCGUCGAUUACGAGAUGAAAGAUGUUGAGGAUCCUUUCUACGCCGGAUGUGGCUCGACGAAGAAUUGCUUUGGUACCCCAGCUGGAUGCAUCGAGGCCAAAAAUUGUAUCGCUGCGGUUACUGUACUUGUUCAAGGAGAGCGAUAUCUGUUUGAAUUGCAAGGACGUGACAGUAAAUAUGUCGCUGUUGGUUUAUCCGAUGACAGUAAAAUGGGCGAUGACAGUGUAGUUGAGUGCGCGAACGAAGGAGGAGAAAUUGCAUUACACAUGUCUUGGAACUCUGGAAAACGUAAUAUGCGCCAGCCCAUGCAGGAAGGAGCAGUCCAAUUGGAGUCGAGUGCGAUCAAGGAUGACAUAAUCACGUGUAGAUUUUGGAGAGAGAAGACCACGGUUGUUCAAGGCCGCGAGUAUGACCUUGUCAGUACACCAUACAAUCUUCUCGUGGCAGCUGGCAAAAGUUUAAAAAGUAAUGGUGUCGGAUUCCAUGACACGGCAUAUGACGCGACCGGUGACGCAAAGUUAUUAUCCGACGUUGGUGGUUACACUACGGCGAGCAACAUUCUAAUUCGUGUUCACGGCGCUUUAAUGUUGGCGUCUUGGAUCGGUACAGCGUCGAUCGGCAUUCUUCUGGCUAGAUACUACAAGCAGACAUGGGUCAGCUCACAGUUGUGCGGGAAGGAUCAUUGGUUCGCCUGGCACAGAUUCUUUAUGAUACUGACAUGGUCGAUGACAAUAGCGGCUUUUGUAAUAAUAUUCGUCGAAUUGGGUGAAUGGAGUUCGGAGGUGAUACACGCGUCCUUGGGAUUAGCGACCACGAUCUUAGCCUUUAUUCAACCGUUUAUGGCAGCUGCGAGACCUCACCCAGGAGCACCGCGAAGACCUCUUUUUAAUUGGGCGCAUUGGUUCGUUGGAAACGCGGCACAGAUUUGCGGCAUAAUCGCAAUUUUCUUCGCGGUCCGACUAAAUAAGGCCAAACUGCCGGAAUGGGUUGACUGGAUUCUGGCAGCUUACGUGGUAUUCCAUAUUCUAACUCACCUUAUAUUAACGUUCGUUGGAUGUGCCUCUGACAGACAGACGAGUCAGAGGGUGAAUUCAUUUCCGAUGAAAGACAUGCACUCUCGUGGUUCAAUGGUCCAUCCGGAUGCAAGACAGGAUGCUCCUCACGCUGGAAUCAGGAAAUUUAUCUUCGGCAUAUAUUUCGUCGUGAUCGUCCUAUUCACCGCAGCUCUCAUUGUAAUCACCGUACUGGCGCCUAUAGAAGACACAUGGGUUACCUUCACGAACAACAUUAAAAAUUAUUAAGUUGCCGUAUAGCGAUAAACUGUGCGUGAGAUUCGUUUGACCACGAAUUAUGUACGCUGCUGUGUCAGGAAUAUUAUUCCUGAUAAGUUACAAACUGUUUCGCAUUGAGUAUGUCCUCGAGUGACUGUUUAUAUAUAUGUAAAUGAGCAUCGAAUCGAGAUAAAUUAUCGUUUACAGGGAUAACUCCAAAGUGUGAGUUAUAUGAUAAUAUAUAUUAUAUUAUUUGAUACAUCGAAUGUUGGAAAGUACAUAGUUUGAAGUUUCUCAUAGUAGAAGUAUAAUAAAUGGUAUAUCAUAUCAUGUUACAAGCGGCAGUAUGUAGAAUAUCUAAGUGCAUUGAUUCGAUAUAUUCUCCCAUCGACCUUAAAUAUCGUCGCAUAUUUUCAAUCUCCGCUUCCUUUUACUUGGUAGACUGACUUCUGAUAAUUGAUUGAAUAAGUAUUCGUGCAAAUUAUUCGUACAAAUGUCCGUCCAAAAUAAGAGUAUAACUUAAACAUAAAAUAUAAAAACAUAUUUUAUUUUUUUCUAUAUAUGAAAGAAGGCAUUAGUUUGUUUAUAUCUGCGAGGUUAUUCGCAACACAUAUAUUGUUGUUAGAAGCUCUCAAAGAGUUCUGUCUGUAAGGUGCUUUUAUAUUUAAGUUGUCUUUAUCGGUAAGAUAUACGCAGAUUAUCUAUAUUUAUGAUGUAACGUUUACAGUAUUAGUUUUUACAACAUAUGUAUUUUCGAUUUUUACACGUGUUCAGAUUUAUUUUGUACUACGAUAAGUGUUAUUCUAUAGAUGAGUGCAAAUAAGAGUUUGUAGAAGUAUUAUGGAAUUGCGCUUAAUUAACCGACAUCAUAAUGUUUUCAUAUGUUAUUGAUUGUUAAUAAAUAAAAGUAUAUACAGAA